GGAGCCGGGUCCGGCACGGCACGGGGGUGGCGACAGAUCGCGACACGGGGACUACGCGAGUGCCCCGCGACUCGGGCAGGGCGGGACCGGGGGUUCCGGCCGCAGCUCCCCCUUCCCGGGGCCGGAGGAUCCGCGGAGCGGGGCCGAGCACUGCCCAGGCUGGCCCUGCCCGCACGGCAGCGCUCAGCCGCGGCCACAGGCGGGCUGGGACCUCCCUCAGGGCUGCGACAGCACCGCCGCCAAGCGCAGUGGGGAACUCUUCACACGUAAUUCAGUUCUCUUCUAGACGUAGCCACCAGGUAGAUUAUAAACAAUGAACAGCAUUGCCAGAGGCGUUUUGCAGUCAGUGAAGCACGGCCGAGCUGCGUGGCUGAGGAACAGCUCUGCUCACUCUGGGAAGCAGCAUUUUCACAGGCUGGUCUUGGGAAUAGAGACGAGCUGUGACGACACUGGCGCUGCUGUGGUGGAUGAAGCUGGCUGUAUUCUGGGAGAAGCACUGCACUGCCAGAAGGAAGUUCAUUUACAAUCGGGAGGAAUAAUUCCCGUGGUGGCACAGCAGCUCCACAGAGAAAACAUCGACCGAGUGGUCCAAGAGGCCCUUAGUGCCAGCGGCGUUUCUGUGGCCGAGCUGGCGGCUGUGGCCACCACCGUGCAGCCCGGGCUGGCUCUGAGCCUGGGCGUGGGGCUGCACUACAGCCGCAGCUUGGUCAGCAGGCACCAGAAGCCCUUCAUCCCCAUCCAUCACAUGGAGGCUCACGCACUGACCAUCAGGCUCACGCAUCCCCUGGAAUUCCCCUUCUUGGUUCUCCUCAUCUCUGGAGGACACUGUCUCUUGGCAGUAGCACAAGGAGUUUCAGAUUUCCUCCUGCUUGGACAGUCCAUCGACAUCGCACCGGGUGACAUGCUGGAUAAGGUGGCACGAAGACUGUCCCUAAGAAAACACCCAGAGUGCCACAGCAUGGCUGGGGGGAAGGCCAUAGAGCACCUGGCUCAGUCUGGGAACCAGGAACUGCUCACCCUCCCACUGCCCAUGCAGCAGUAUCGGAACUGCGACUUCUCUUUCGCCGGCCUCCAAAACCUUGUCAAUAAUGCCAUUGCACAGAAAGAAAAGGAAGAAGGUAUUCAGGAAGGUGAGAUCCUGUCCUGUGUUAAGGAUGUUGCUGCUGCUGUACAGCACGCAGUGGCUGUUCAUAUUAUCCAGAGGACGUACCGAGCCAUGCUCUUCUGCAUCAAAAACAGCAUAUUACCAUCAAAAAAUGCCACUUUGGUUGUAUCAGGAGGAGUUGCAAGUAAUCAGUAUUACCGAAAAGUUCUACAGAAUCUGGCAGAUGCAAACAAUUUUGCUUUACUGUGUCCUCCUCCAAGGCUCUGCACUGACAAUGGUGUUAUGAUUGCAUGGAAUGGCAUUGAGAGGUUACGUGCAGGGCUGGGGGUCCUUCCCAGUGCUGCUGGCAUCCGCUACGAGCCAAGAGCUCCCCUGGGAAUUGAUAUUUCAAAAAGAGUUGAAGAAGAUUCCAUCAAGGUGCCAAAAUUAAAAGAGAUACGAUGUUUGGCAUCUUAAAAAGUAACUUAAUAAAAUAAAUAGUUCAAUGAAAA